GUCGCUGGCAUCGUCAACGUUAGUAUGUGUAUUGAGUUGUUGAAGUUGGUCCGUCGAACCGAACAGCAAGCAAUUUGAGAAACAGAUACUCAAAGAUAAAUAAAAACAUUAAAACUCGUAAUCGACGGUGGUGACAAGACAUUGACGGUGAUUUUUCGAAAACGAUUCGGCUGUGAUUUUUUGAAAACCGCGUGGGUCGGCAAUUUCUGUCCACUUCUUAAUGGUAUUUACCAUAUCAAAGAUGCACCACGACCAGAACUGGAUUUAACGCGCUUUCUCGCGGGCACAAAUAAAUGAGUGCUGUGAAAAACUAUGAGAAGUGAAAUUCUUCGUUUUUGUUUCUUUCAACUUAUGGGGUAAAGUGCCACAAUACCCUUUAAGGGUGACGGUGUCAUGGCCUGGCAUGGAAAAAUUAGGCCUGGUUUAUUACUUUUGCUUUUUUCGUUCGUUGUUAUAUCGGAGGCGACGGCAAAAGCUUUGGAACAAUACCGGUAUGAAACAGCAUACGCGUGUGAAGGGAAAACAUUGAAAAUUGAAUGCAAGGAUGGUGAACUGAUUAAGCUGAUUAGAGCCAAUUAUGGGAGAUUUUCGAUAACAAUUUGCAACGACCACGGCAACACGGAUUGGAGCGUAAACUGCAUGUCUCCAAAGUCAUUGAGGGUACUUCAUGCCAGAUGUUCUUUCAAAUCUCAGUGUUCAAUUGAAGUGAGCAACGACGUUUUUGGAGACCCUUGCGUUGGAACACACAAAUAUAUUGAGGCGCAAUACGUUUGCGAAAAUGCGACUACAACUACAACAACAAGCCGUCCAAGUCCACCAUGGCUGAUAACAUCUCAGCCACCCAUGUGGAGUACCAUUAAAACUCAACCACCUCGUCCUGCGACUACAAAGGUUACCAUAAGUCCCCCGUCUCCCAUUCCUGGGCCAAUUCCCUCCGCGACUUCCGUCAAUGUGCCCACAUCUACCUCAAAAGGCUACCAAGACCUCCCUGUUGAUAACAGUGGAGGUGCGAAAGACCAUGAUGUUUGGAGUUGGGAACCGAAAGAACCCAAUAAAUUCGACAGUACUACGUUGCCUGUGGCAACAAUAACUCCCAAUGAGAAUUCCAGUAAAAGACUACCGACAUCAGAUGCCACGUCUACAUUCACAUACUCACCGUCGAUUCCCAGUAUUUAUCCCUGGCCAAAAGACUCUGAGUAUCUUCCUUACCAUUGUAAUUCAACAACAGUUAGAAAUAUAUUUUGGAAAAGUACCCAUGUGAAUGAGACAGCGAUUCAGCCUUGUCCUCCAGGUACCACUGGGUUUGCCAAGUGGCAUUGCUUGGAUGUGGCGUCUUCUAACUACCCAGAAUGGGUUCCAAUUAAUCCAGACUUGAGCGAAUGUCGAUCAGUCUGGCUUACCAGCCUCGAGCAAAGACUAGUCUUAGGCAAAGACCUGUUAAUGUCAAUCAUCCGAGAUUUGUCUACAGUAACUGGUAGCAAGACACUCUACGGUGGAGACAUGGCUAUUACGACCAAGAUUAUACAAAAAAUGACUGAAAAGAUGUCCCAAGACAUCCAAACGUUUCCCGACACCCGACAAAGGGAAGAAAUCGUGACGGAAAUGUUAGGAUACGUAACAAAGACUAGUAGUAAUCUCUUAGAUGCUACCCAGUAUUCUUCAUGGAGGGAUUUAAGCUAUAAGGAACAAAUGGGCGUCGCUACGUCGCUGCUCAUUGGACUGGAAGAAAACGCUUUUUUGUUAGCGGAUACUGUAACUAGUCAGAAAACUGUAAAUAGAAAGGAGAAAAACAUAUUGCUUUCUGUGAGAGUUUUGGAUACGAAAUUUUUAUCCGAUGAAACAUUUCCUUCUGAGGACAGAACUAGUAUCUGGAAUGCCAGCAGCGAUUCAAUAGAAUUGCCCAAAGAAGCUUUAUUGGAAAACAGCGAUGGUAAUCUUGUUCGGCUUGUUUUCGUCGCAUUCGACAGACUGGAAGAGAUUCUGCAGUGGCAGCCAGACAGUGCUGAUCAUGGAAAUAAUAUUACCAAAAUACUGAACAGUAAAGUAAUAUCAGCCAGCCUUGGAAAAGGGCGGCAUAUUCAGCUGAAAGAGCCUGUAAGACUGACCUUGAAACAUAUAAAAAUAGAGAAUGUCAGUAACCCAAAAUGCGUUUUUUGGGAUUACACUAUGAAUUCUUGGUCAGAAGAAGGCUGCCACGUGGACACGUCAGAUUCGAAUUAUACCCACACAGUGUGUUAUUGCGAUCAUCUGACUAACUUUGCAAUUCUGAUGGACGUUCAUGAUAUUUACCUCCCGAUAUCUCAUGAAAUUGCUCUUCAAGUGAUUACCUACGUGGGAUGUAUCAUAUCGAUUAUUUGUCUAAUACUUGCCAUUGUCACGUUUCAGUUAUUUCGCGGGCUCAAGAGCGACAGAACAACGAUACACUGUAACCUAUGUACAUGCCUCCUCAUAGCCGAAUUCGUAUUUUUGGUUGGAAUAAACCAAACCGAAAAUAAAAUUUCUUGUGGGAUUAUUGCUGGUGUUUUACAGUAUUUCUUCCUAUGUGCAUUCGUCUGGAUGUUCUUUGAAGGUUUUCAAUUAUACGUGAUGUUAAUUGAGGUAUUUGAGGUUGAAAAAUCGAGACUACGUUGGUACUAUAUAUUUGCAUAUGGCCUGCCAUUUUUAAUAGUAUUUGCAUCAGCAACAAUAUAUCCGCAGGGCUACGGUACAAUGAGGCAUUGUUGGCUAAGAACCGACAAUUACUUCAUCUAUACCUUCGUAGGGCCUGUCUUUCUAGUAAUGAUGCUGAAUGUCAUAUUUUUGACAAUGGCAAUAGUAAUGAUGUGCAGGCAUGCAAGCGCUUCUGUGUCCAUGAAAAAUAAAGAACAAUCCCGUCUUGCUAGCACGAGUGGAAAGGAAGAAAGUGCACUUCGAAUGAGAUUUGACUUGGCAUGGUUGAAAGGAGCUUUCGUUCUAGUUUUCCUACUAGGAUUGACUUGGAUUUUCGGAUUUUUAUACGUUAACCAGGAAUCAGUUGCGAUGGCGUAUUUGUUUGCCACUUUCAAUUCCUUCCAAGGCUUCUUUAUAUUCGUGUUCCAUUGCGUUCAGAAUGAAAAGGUGCGAAAAGAGUAUCGCAAAUUUAUUCGAAAGCAUUCCUGGCUGCCAAAGUGUCUUAGAUGUUCGAAGUCAAGCAGCGGCCCUGGUGGUAGCAGCAGUGGGAACAGUGGCAGCUGCACGACUUCAGGCGGCGCUGGCAAAGAAAGGAGACCCAGUCUAUAUGGUUCCAACGGGAACCCGUCGGGAGGAGCUAACACACAUAUAACGGACAAUUCCGUGUUAACUCCUCACGGAACAAGUUUGCAACGAGGUUGGAACUCCCAGAGCUGUACGAACGUGAAUCGGGCUUGUCGCACACCUGUACCCACAUCUACGUCGGCCAACAUGGCUGCUACUCUUUGUCGCCCCCCUCGUCUCACAGAUUCCGUUCCAUCUCCCGACCUAGAAGCCCCUAACACUUCCACGCUUCCUUACAUUCGCAAUUUCUAUAAAAACUCCACCGUUAAUCCUAACAUCCCUAAAUCGGUCUCAACUUGGGGUCCCUUGCACAAACCCUUACACUGGAAGAACAUUUCUUUUAAGUCGUACAGCCGUGAUUCUGGACAUGGAGGGUCGGAGCAAGAAGAAUCGCCUAGGUCACAUAUGAUUAUAGCAGAAGCACACCGUCACUCAUCUGCGCUAGCUAAGGAAGCGCCACGACAAGCCCCAAAUAGUCAACAGAGUGGUUUUUCGGAUUAUGGAAUGCGACAAGUUUCACAACAGGCCCACUGUGUUGCUACAGGAAGAAAGAAGCUGAAUUCUGCUAAACCUCAUCACUGGGGUCACCAUACAUAUACUGAAAUAUAUGACGGACAGAAUCCGAGAGGAUUGUUAACAGCAGAGGAUGAUCCUGUUUACGAGGAGAUUGAUCGAAAUGAAAUCCAAGUGAGCGAUAUGAGCGAUGAAGACGCAAAAAGGCAAAGCGACAUGAGUAGACAAAGUUCUAGAUCUUACGGAGACCAUAGACCAUUGAUUCCAUAUAGCCCAGGGGCGGAACGUAGCUUUCUGGAAGUUUUGAGCAACAAUAAAGAGUUGGAAAAUGCUUAUCGACUACGAUGCAACAACGUGGGACUUCCGUAUCAUACACCUCAAGAUGCUUCAGUGAGGUCAUUGGCAGCUGUGCUAGAUGGGGAGACUGUAGUGUGUCACUUAGAGCCUCAGGAGAUGUAUCCUCAUCAACAUUUAGAUGUUACUUACGUGUCUCGAACUUUAUCCCACCUUCCUCCUUAUAGUGAAAGUUAGAAACUGCCAUUCGCAAGUAAUUAUCUGUGAUUAUUGCAUGAUCAGACUGUUUGGUCAUAUUAAUUAAUAAUUUUGUUAGUAAGGCUCAGCUUGAAUGAAAGAAAGUGAUAAUUUUAUAUUAAUCAAGUAUUUUAUAAAAAAGAACUAGUAGGUAUGAGUUAUUCCAGUCAGCCUGUUAGGUUAUUUCGUGAUUCUCUAGGUAUAAAUGACAACUGUGUUGCUAAGGAUAAAGCAUGGUUAUUAUGUUAUAAUCUAACAAGCUUUAACACAAACAUUUUGCUUUCUUACUUCAACUCGUAUGGGUGUUACUUAAGUCUAUGACCUCUGUAAACCCAUGAGUAAAUAGUUUGCUAAAUUUAAAAGUGUUUUUCCUAAGCAACACCUGGUGUUCCAAAAGAAACGACUCGUUGCAAUAAGUUUCUUGUUUAUAUAAUCGUAGAGCUGAGUAAGCCCAUAUGCAUAUAUAGUUUCCGUAAAGUAUGUAAAAUUAUUGUAACUUUUAAAAAUUUGUUACUAAUAGGGACCUAAUCAAUGCACCUGUAAUAGUACUCUCCCUUAAUAAGUAAUUUUUGAUUGUCAAUUUAUAAAGUGUAAAUUUCCAGUCUUGACAAUUUAAAAAGUAGGAAAGCGGAUGAGAAAUUCCAGGUGUGUUAAUAUCGACUAUCUGAUCCACAGCAAUGUUAAAAUAGAAAAAAACUAUUAAUUGAUUUAUUCAUGUUGUUAAUGUACCUGCCGAGCUUCGAUGUCUAACCUGUUACCCUACUCGAGCAUUGACUAAAUGUAACAUGGACACCCUAUAUAAUGGCAUAUUUAAUUUAAUCGCAGUUAAUUAAUAUUGUUGGUAUUAUAGGUCCUUGAACAAAAGCAAUCCAAAUUUUUACAUAAUCUAAUUUUAGCGGGAAAUCAUUUUUCUUUAUUUAUUUGUAAAUAAAAUUUGUCUGUUUUAUUUCGUAGUGCUGUUUAAGUUAAGACUUAGCUAGCACGGUUUUGUAAAUAUUUAAAUAAAAUGGCAACUGCAAA